AUGAAUUAAAGCGAAUUAAAUUAAUAAUUAGGAUAUGCCUUUUAAUUGAUUUAAACAGGUAUAAUACUUUCAAUCAAUUUAUUAGGCAAAAAGGAAUUCUUUUCUGGAUUUGAUUAAGCAGCUAAGAUUGCUGCAUACGAAAAAAUGAAUUUUGGUUAUGAAUUAAUUAUAAAUUAUAAGAACGAACUAAAUGAUUAGAUUCCUUUUUCUAUAUAUGAUCUAGAAAUUGAAGAAUAUAAAAAAUAACUAAUUAAGUUAAAAUAGCUUUUAUUAUUGCAUAAUUAAUAAAACAAAGAUGAAAUAAGUGAUAUUUCAUAAAAGUAAUUAAUCUAAAUUUAUCUGCAAGAUUACCUUUUGAAAUGGAUUUCAUUUUAGUAAAUGAAAAACUAAAUAUUCAAGAAGAUUAAAUUUUAUAAUUACCUUCUAUUAAAAAUAUAAUGAAAGAAAUAGCUCUUCCUUUUAGAUUUCCUUAAAUUUUUCAAAAUAAUUAUCAUCUUUUUGAUAAAAUACUUAUAUAUGGAGUAUAUAAUUCUUAUAUAUAAAGCCUCCUAAUUCUGGUAAGAAAUAUUUAAUAAAAUAUUGUACUUCAGUUGCAAAUGCCACACUUAUAACUUUGUCAAUUUCAUAAUUAAUUAAUAAAUAGUUUGAUAAACCUUCUUGUUAUAUUAAAUAAAUUUUUAAUUUUGCCAAAUAGAAGCAGCCCUCUAUUUUAUUAAUUUAUGAUCUUGAUUAAAUAAGUCAUUAGAAUUUAAACAUUGAUCGAACUAAUUUAAAUAUAUUUGUUGAAUUAUUAAUUGAAUUAGAUAAAUAAAGACGAUCAGACUCUUUAACAUUUUAAAUCAUUGGAAUAACAAGUUAUCCAUGGAAUUUAGAUCCUCCAGUAAGAAGAAGGUAGAAUUAUUUAUAUAUUAAUUUAGAUUUGCUAAAAGAAUUUAUGUACCUUUACCAAAUCAUGAAUAAAUUGUAGAUUUGUUAAAAUAAAAGCUUUCAAAUAUGAAAAUUAACAUUACUUAAGAAUAAUUUGUUCAAUUAACUAACCUAUUUGAAGGCUACACAUGUUGUGAUAUUUCCAAUAUUCUAUAGAUGUCUUAUGAUUAAGCUGUGAAUAUUAAUAAAUAGAAUAUAAAAAUAAAGGUAGAAUGCACAGAAAAUAUUGUAAAAUAUGUAAAAUUAAAUUAUAAAUUAGGAUGACAUUCUUCAUGUACUUAAAAAAUACAAGAAAACAAUCUCCUAAAAUUAUAUUAAUAAAUUAGAAGAAUGGAAAGCAACUUUUGAUGACUGA